AUGACUGCCGCCAAAAUCCUCUUCACUGAUCAGUCCAAGAAGAAGAAAUUUGGAUUAGAUUUCCACCUGGUACAGCUCUUCUUUGUCUGCUUGCCUUCAUUGGCUGUAUAUCUUGUGGCUCAGUAUGCUCGCAGUGAAAUGAAAAAAAUGGACGCGGAACUCGAGUUGAAGAAACAAGCUGAAUUUGAAGCACAAGCAAAAGAGAUGGAAUUAAAGAAAGCCAAAGAAAGAGCUGCUGAUCCAGUUCUUAGGGAGGUAAAAGAGAGACUAAACAAGCUGGAAGAAACUGUAAAAGAAAUUGUCAUUGAAUCUAAAAAGCAAUCAAAUGAUGCACAAAUCGAAGCAAGUAAAAUUGAAGAACGUGGAUUAGAAGCAAGCAAGAGUUCCAAAGUAACCACUGGAACGUCGACUGAAGGGAAGACGAGCGAGCCUGUGCCAAUUACUCCUGGCUCCCAGCAUAAGCCGAAUAGUGGUGAAAGUAAAAAGGACCUCCCAUAA